AUGACGUCUCCUGCAAGCACACAGGACCAGAACCCGGCGCAGAAUCCUAGUGCUUCCUCGGCCACGUCGUAUGCUUCAGCCGCCGGUGCUGCGAAGAAGCCUUCCUCGACGCCGCUGAGCGCACAAGGAUCGAACCCUCCGCCCGUGGUGGUUGGUUCGUCUGCGCCUGGUAAUCCGCAGCAUGGCAACAAGCCCGCUGCGUCACCUGUGAACGGCCGACCGGCCAUCACGCCCGCCAUUCCCGCCGUCGCUGGUGCCACUAAUGGUCACGACCGGAAAACCUCAGUCACAAUCAGCGCCAACGGAGGCCCAGUAGGCGGCCCUAAGGGUAACAUCCAGUUCGGCUAUAAGGAGUCACCUGGUAUUGUCCACAGCACCCCACAACAGGGAACCACAGCACCGAUCCCCAUCCCAGGCAAUAACGGCAGAGUGCCUUCUCCGGCACACUCACCAUCCCCUAUUCCCCAACCCUCGGCUAGCGGUGGCAGACCGCCCUCGAUGAUGGCCCAGGAUGGAGGACCAAGCAUGAAAUUCGGAAGCCUCGGCGGUGAUGGCGAGCGGCACAUGAAGCACCUCUCCCAAGGGCCCCACAACAUGGGAUCGGGGUCUCCUCACAUGCGUCACGGCAGCACACAUUCUGUUCAUGACAACAUGCCAAGCCACGGGGGACCGGGAGCUGGCCGAGGUGGGAACUUCGCGUCAUCUGGUGGACGCGGCCGCGGAGCCUAUAACAACCAGGCCGGCUACAACAACCCUAUGGGCUACCCGCCGACCGGUCAAUACGGCCGUGGUGGCGCACAUGCUGGCCAAGGUCGUGGUGGCAUGCCUUACCAACAGAACCAGAGGGGCAUGGCUCCUUACCCGAACUCGCCCCAACCCCGAGGCAGCCCUGCUAUGGGUAAUGCUAUGCCGAACCCCGGCACCCCGACUAUGAACGCAUCUCUCCCUGUCCAUCCUCCUCAGCAAGGCUACAACGCAUACAUGCCGCCUGCCUAUCCUAAUGUAAAUGCAACCCCUCAAUUCCAAAAGCAAGGAUCGAAACCCAUGAGCAAGAAAAAAGGCGCUCGUCGGGACUCUGUGAAGACGGGAACGCAAUUUCCGUGGCAGAACUCCGACACAUCUCAGGACCACCCUAGCGGGCGGUAUCGACGUCAAGGCACGCACUGGGAUUCGGCGCUUGAGCUGUCUAACCAGCCAAUCUCGCCCAAAGUUCUUUCCGAGAUAUCACCCCCUAUAAUUCCUCUGGCCGAGGCCGGGCACAAGAUCAACUUGUCGCCGGCUAGCGGUAAUUUUGAUCGCUUGCUAACUCUUAAGAAGCAGACCUAUGGAUUCGCACCCCCCUUCGACCCUCGCCAGCAGGGUAUGAUGGGAAUGGGUUACCAGUAUUCGAUGGGCCCCAACAUGCCACCCUACGGCAUGCCCCCGCAAGGCCCCUCUCCUUCUCCGGGAUUCUCGCAGCAGCAGUCUUAUCCUCCGGGCCCCUACACCCCCCAAGCUCAACCUAUGUCUCGUAAUGCUUCGCAGGUGUCUGAACGUCCAAACUCAAGUACCGGACACCAGCAAGCCCCCGCUAACCCUUCAGGACCCCCUCCUCAUCACACCCCGACCGCUAAGCCCGCAGUUGUGACAUCUGGUGCACCGUCGUCUUUCGUAAUUCCGAAGAAGACGACUUCCAAGAUCAGCAUCAAGAAUGCUGCAGGUGAGGCAGUUGAUUUCAAGGCUCUUAAGCCGCCUGCGUCUCCGGCACCUAGUUCCCAGCAGGCCAAGACUCCGCCAGUCACCAGCUCUACUCCCACACCACCUCCUAAAUCGGCUACGCCAUCACACACUCGCUCUGAUAGUGCAUCCAACCUCAAGACCGUUGAGCAGAAGAGGAGCGAGUUCAUGGAGCAGGUCCGGAAGACUGCUGCCGGCGAAGCAAAGGAUCCUGCUGCUGAGGAGACAGCCGAAAAAGCAACCGAGAAGGCUUCGGCGGAUGCUGCUACUGAUAAGGCCGAGCAGCCUGCUCCUGUGGAAGAAGCCAAGGAUGCCGAGGCCAACGAUGAAUCCAAACCCACUGCCGUUGAGGAAGAGCAAAAAGCCGAGACUACUGAUACUCAAGGCGAGAAGCCAGCAGAUGAGAAGGCCGAAGAGGUUACUGAGACCGAAGAAGAACGCUUUGAGCGUGAAAUCCGUGAGAUGGAAGAACGCGAAGCCGAGGAAGAACGCCGGCAGGCCGAAUAUGAUGCCAAGAAGAAGGCUCAAGCUGAGGCUAAAAAGGCGCAGGAAGAAAAGGAUCGCGCCAAGAAUGCCGCCGAGAACGACCGCAAGCUUCGCGAGCAGGAGGCUGAGAUGGAAAGGCUUGAGGAAGAGAAGGAGCGGAAACGGGCUGAAGCCGAAGCUUCAGGCCAGACUGAGUCAGUCGCCGACAUGCUCGCUGGCAAGAGCUCAAAGGCUCCCGGCAAGGCUGCUGGUGGCAUCAGCUCAGUGACCGACAAGCUUGCAAGUCUCUCCGUCAAGGAUGGCGCCUCCGGCAAGUCUGGAAACUCGGAGAAGACGAAGUCAAAGCCCGCGGCGCUGAACCUUGCUCCUCUCAACACCAAACCAGUUGAACCUCCUCAACCCAGCGCGGCUCUCCAGUCACUCAAAUCUGCUCGAUUCCUCGAGGUCAUUGCGCCUAGUCUGUAUCCCGCCGGCAUCCACUCUCCUAACCCGGCGCUCAACUCUGCCGUUUCCAAGAAGGGUAAGAGCUUCAAAUAUGACGCCAACUUUUUGCUCCAAUUCCAGAAGGUCUUCACGGAGCAGCCUUCGAUGGAAUUCGGCCAACAGGUGAAGAGCCUGAUUGGAGAUGGUGACAGGACUGGGUCGGCUAGGACCCCGGCUACGUCCCGCCAGCCGUCUGGUCGUGGUGCUGCUGGAUCUUCCGGCGGAUUCCCUGGCGGUUCUUUCAUGAAUCCCGGCAAGCCUGGUUCUGCGUUUGGCAACAUGGGCCCGCCUGCUAGAGGAGGUGGCUCAAUGGGCCCUAUUGGAUCCUUCCAGAGACCUUUCCCUGGUGGCACCGGAAUGACACGCAACCCCUCGCAAUCAGGCAUGCAGAUCCCCGGAUCUCCGCGACAAGCCAGCAGGCGAACUGGAAGCAAGCGCAAUGACUACUCGAAUGCCAAGCAGGAAGCACAGGCUGCUAAGACCAUGCCUCUUACAGCUGGCAUGGAACUCAAGCCUAUCUCCAUCUCCGCGUCAGGCUGGAAGCCCAUGAGCCUUACCAAGGGUGCUUCGCAGAACGCCGGUCAGGGCUCGCACAUGGAGCCCGAAAUAGUUCAGCGUAAGGUCAAGGCCGCGCUCAACAAGAUGACGCCUGAGAAGUUCGACAAGAUUGCGGACCAAAUUUUGGAGAUUGCUGCUCAGUCCAAGGAUGAACAGGAUGGCCGUACCCUGCGCCAGGUCAUCCAGUUGACUUUCGAGAAGGCUACUGAUGAAGCGCACUGGGCCUCAAUGUACGCCAAGUUCUGCAAGAGGAUGCUCGAGACCAUGAGUCCUGAGAUUCGCGACAUCAGCAUCAAGGACAAGCACGGAAACGUGGUCAGUGGUGGUGCCUUGUUCCGCAAGUACCUGCUCAACCGUUGCCAGGAAGAGUUCGAGCGCGGUUGGAAGAUGGACCUUCCUGAGCCCAAGGAAGGUGAUGAGAAGAAGACGGGUGAGGCCGCUAUGCUCUCUGACGAGUACUACAUUGCCGCGGCAGCCAAGAGGCGUGGUUUGGGUCUCGUCCAGUUCAUUGGUGAGCUUUACAAACUGGGCAUGUUGACGGAGCGCAUCAUGCACCAGUGUGUGCAGAAGCUUGUCGACUACAGCGGCAUUCCCGACGAGGCCGAAGUCGAGUCUCUGUGCAAGCUGCUGCGCACGAUUGGUGCGAAUCUGGAUCAGAAUGCAGACAAGACUCAGGGUAGGGCUAUGAUGGAUGCCUACUUCGACCGGAUCAACACCAUGAUCAACCUGCCCGACCUCCCCAGUCGUCUCCAAUUCAUGUUGAUGGAUGUGGUCGAUCUCCGCAAGGGCGGUUGGAUCUCCAAGGAGGCCAACAAAGGGCCCAAGACUCUCGACGAGGUUCGUGCCGAGGCAGAGGCCGCGGCGGCUCAGAAGGCUGCCGAGAAUGCUCGCACCAACCAGAGGGGUGGUCCCAGGCCGCCAAUGGGCGGCCGCGGCAGCGAUAUGCGUGGCCUUUCGGGUUAUGGUCAACCUCAGCAGAACCAGAACCAGGUUGGCAUGGACGACUUGAGGAGGCUCAAGGGCUCCGCCAUGCGCACAUCAUCACAGAAUGCCACCUUCGGUCCUACCUCGAUGUUUGCCAGUCGCAGCAACAGCGGCCGCGCCAGACUAGGUGCUGGUGGUCCUUUCGGCCGUGCUGGUGAGGAAUCGGGAGCUUCAUCACGAACUGCGACGCCACCAACGAGGGAAUCUACGACACACGCCAAUGCGUUUAGCUUGCUUGCGACCAUGGAGACGGAGAACCCAACAUCGCCCCCUGCCGUGUCGCCAGCCUUGACCAAGGCUACUCCCGACACCGGCGAUAAAGACAAGAAGUAA